AAUCAGCGCUCAGGAGGCGGGGAUACUGCUGUAGAACUGAUGUGUAAUUUGUAAAUUGUGUAAUUUUGUAAUUCAUCUUUUUAUUUUAAUGCUUCUUAAUUAAUAGUAAGCUUACUUGCUGUACAAAUGUACAUUUCUCCUCUGUGGGAGGAAUACAUGUAUUCUUGAUUCUGACUACAGCCAACCAGCUGCCAGGAAAAUACAUCACUAAAGCCAUAGCCAAUCAGCGCUCAGGGGGCGGGACUACAGCAUACCGGUACUACAGCCAACCAACAGCCAAGAGAAAACAUCACUACCAGCCACAUUCAAUCAGCGCUCAGGAGGCGGGACUACAGCAUGGUACUACAGCCAACCAGCUGCCGAGAACAUACAUCACUACAGCCACAGCCAAUCAGCGCUCAGGGGGCGGGACUACAGCAGUAGAACCGGUUCCCGUUGCGUAUGCGUUUCAACCAACGGCCGCAUUUCUAAAUAGAAUGGCGACGGCUGUCUGCGGUCUGCAGUCCAACGGAAAACCGGGCAAAACACACCGAGAAACCCGCAGGAAAACCAAGGAUUCCCGGAGGAGACAAGCGGCUCUAUUGUUCCUCAAUAAUAUCUCUCUUGACGGACGGCCGCUGUGGCAGCUCGGCGAUGAAAACACGGAUCCCACCGCGGCGGAGGAGCAGCAGAGAGACCGGGGAGAUACGGAGGUUCCUCUGCCGCCGAUCGAGAUCCAAGAGCCGGCCAGCGCGGUGACACAACCACCGGUCUCUGGAGGAGGCUCGUCCUCCAGCGUCCCGGGGGUCCUCGGUCCUCCUCCCCGGCCUUCAGGAGGGAUGUCUCCGGGGCCAGACGGUGCUAAUGAGGUGUUCCUGGAGUUUGGCGGAGUGGGUGACCCUCUGACCCCCGACCCCCCCCUGUCCCCUCCUCCCGGGCACCAACCCUGCUCCCGGGUCAGAUCCACGCCCGCUGCCCUGAGCCCGGCUCUGGACCCCCGGCAGAGGUUGAGGAACGUCUCUGGCUCUCCUGGACCCAAAGUGCCAAAGAAGGUCCACUUCAUCAAGAGCAUGAGGCAGUACGACACCCGGGGCUGCAGGAUCGUGCUGAUUUGUGCCAAGCGGUCGCUUUACGCCGCUUUCUCAGUGCUGCCGUACGGAGAGAGUCACCUCAGUGAUGCUAAGCUGGAGGCUCACAGGCAGAGGCUCUCGUCUGUAGUGGCUGCCGACCUGCUGCCGUCGCUGGAGGGCGUCGAGCUGGGAGACCUGGGGAAGACGGUGUCGUACGCCCAGUUCCUGUUCCCCACCAACGCCCUGGUGAGGCUGAAGAGUGGGGGGGCGCUGGACACUGCUCAGACCCCCCAGUCCCGUUUCCGAGGCAACGGGCAGAGGACCUUCACCCCCGCCCGCCUGAACAACAGCGUGGCACCAGAGCCCAGUGUGGAGGAGGUGGUGGAGUACGACCCCAACCUGCUCAGUGACCCUCAGUGGCCGUGUGGCCGACACAAGAGGGUCCUGAUCUUCGCUUCAUACGUGACGACCAUCGUGGAGUACGUGAAGCCUUCAGACCUGAAGAGGAACAUGAACGAGAUGUUCAGAGAGAAGUUUCCUCACAUCAAGCUGACGCUCAGCAAGAUACGAAGUCUGAAGCGGGAGAUGCGAGCGAUGAGUGAGGACUGCGGCCUGCAGCCGGUCACCGUCGCCAUGUCCUUCGUUUACUUUGAGAAGCUGGUGCUGCAGGGCCGCCUCAACAAGCAGAACAGGAAGCUGGUGGCGGCGACCUGCGUCCUGCUGGCAGCCAAGAUCAGCAGCGACCUGCGGAAGCCUGAGGUCAAACAGCUGAUCGACAAGCUGGAGGAGCGGUUCCGGAUCAACCGGCGGGAGCUGAUCCCUCUGGAGUUCCCCGUGCUCGUGGCUCUGGAGAUGGGCCUGUAUCUCCCCGAGAGCAAAGUCAUGCCCCACUACCGCAGACUGGUGCAGCAGGGCUAGAGAGAGAGAGAGAGAGAGUGUAUGUGUGAGGGGGGGGUAGACCAGCAGAGAGAGAGAAAGGGGGAGAGAGAGAGAGUGUGUGUGAG